AUGUCCCACAGUGACACAUGUUUGCAUUUUCUCACAGGUCAUAAAUACUGGAGUGUUCAACAGCUCAAAACAAAGAGUCAUGCUGCCUCCAUCUCUGACUUUGGCUUCUCCUCCAGUGUGACUCACAUCGAUGCCGCGGUCCAUGUUAGUGAAUACAGCAAAACUAUAUUCUUCACUGAGGAUUUGUAUUACAGGUAUGAUGAACGCAAAAGAAAAAUGGACAGUGGUUUCCCUCGACACAUCCACAGAGACUGGCCCGGAAUCCCAAGCAAAGUGAACGCUGCCUUCAAGUUACAAGGGAGUAUUUUCCUCAUCAGUGGAACAAAGUCUUACCAGUACGACUACAGGAAGAACAGAGUACUCAAGAUCAUUUUGGCAAAUUCCUGGCUCGGAUCUCCAGCUAUUGCUCCAACAAUUUCACCAGAUGACCAAACAAAAGCUGAGGAUUAUAUUUAUCAGUUUUAUUCGGAUGUCGGGGUGGUGAAUGUUUCGACAAGAAGCCUCGUACAAGAUAGAAACUUCACAGAGGAGUUGCAGUCUGUGCAAACUUUCUUCGGAUUGGAGGUGACCGGCACUUUGAAUACUGAGACACUUGAAGUGAUGAAGACGCCAAGAUGUGGCGUGUCGGACAUAAGCAGAUUUCCUGGGAAACCUAAGUGGAAGAAAAGUCUCAUUACAUACAGGAUUACACAGUACACUCCAGAUCUUUCACAGAGAGAAGUUGAUGCCACAAUCGCUCAGGCUUUUCAAUUAUAUAGUGAUGUUAUUCCACUGAACUUCAAACAGAUCUCCAGUGGCAAUGCAGACAUUAUGAUCACGUUCAAGGGCAGCUCUAUUGGAGGCUCUUAUCCCUUUGAUGGCAGAGGACGGGUUUUGGCACACGCUAACUUAGAUGGGCGGAGCCAGAUAGGAGACACUCAGUUUGAUGAUGAUGAAACCUGGACUCUAACCCAAAACGAUGAGGAUGUACGUGGAGUUCAAGCUCUUUAUGGCAGAAGAACAGCAGGCCCUAAGCCCAAACCCCCUCCCGCUCCUGCCCCUCAGCCAAACCCAGAGGAAACUGAAGACCCAAACCCUUUGCCCAAUCCUGGUGCAGAUCAAUGCAGCCCCAGUUUGGUCUUUGAUGCAGUAACUUCUAUAAGAGGAGACUUCUAUUUCUUUAAAAAUGGAUAUUACUGGCUAAAGAGCGGUGCAGCCGAUGUACGCCUGGAAAGGGUUCCUUCAAAAUGGGGCCCAAUAAAUCAAGUGGAUGCUGCUUAUGAGGUCCCAAGCAAAGACACAUUUUUCAUUAUUGACGGCCGCCAGUACUGGGGUAUAGGCUACCAAUCAAGAAAUAUGAUUCCUGGCUACCCAAAACCUCUGACAAACCUCGGGCUUCCAGCUGGGCUUAGUAAGGUGGAUGCAGCAGUUCAUGUGACAAUAACUAAAAAGACACUAUUUUUUGCAAAUAAUCAAUACUGGAGCUACGAUGAGGUCAAAAAUCAAAUGGACCCUGGCUAUCCACAAUACAUUACUCAAGGUUUGCCUGGUAUUGAUUCAAAAGUAGAUGCAGUAUUUGAGUAUUACGGUUACUUGUACUUCUCAAAUGGCCCAAGGCAAAUGCACGAAUAUCCGGUGGGGUUCCACGGGUUCCGACUGACAACAAAUACGACGCUGGUCUUUUGCAAAGGGCAAAAGGCUCUUAUGGAGUCCCUCAACACUUUUGAAUCUGUUAUGGAGACCGACGGACAGGGAAACUACUCUUUAUUUCCUGCCCUGGACAAUAUUGCUAGUUUGUCUGGGACUUCUGAAACAUUGGAGAGCGAAGCUCCCAGUGAAGUAACAGAAAAGCCUAAUCUCACAUGGCUUGAUGCUGCACAGAUUGUGUUAGAAGAAGCCGGGCGGCCGAUGCACAUCAAAGAGAUCAAGCAAAGAAUCAUCGACAGGGGACUAGUUCAAUCAAAUGCAAAGUCAAGCCUGGAGGCUGUAAUGUAUCGAGAGACACAAAAAGGCAGUAGGAGAUUCAAGAGGAUUGAGAACAGAAAUGGAGUCUUUGCGUUGCUGACUGAUGAAGACCGACAUCAGCCCUAUACACCUCAGUCGUUUCUUAGCUCUCCUCAGACCACGGUGUCUUCUAGUUCUGGCUCAGGGACUUCAGCAACUGCAUUUCCCUCUCCUGCAAGUUCAUCUGAGCAUAAGAUCAAGACAAAGAGAGGGCAACGAAAAAUCCAAAAUCAAAAGUAUAAACUCAAGUAUCUACGGUUACGCAAAGCCGCUCGUACAAUGAUAUUUGAGAAUGCUGCCCUCUGUGAUGAAAUAGCACAUUUAGAAGAGAAGUUUAUAAGGGCAAAAGAAGAACGGAGAUUUUUAUUGAAGUCCCUGUUACAGUACCAAUCACUGUCAGAGAGUGAGCUCCUACCCACACCCAGCGCCAGCGUACAUGCCCCUGUUCAAAAUGUAGCCAUGACUUCAACAUCUGCUGGGACGUCCAGUAUUUCAGGAGGACACAGCCUGCCCUCUGUCCCGAUGACGGAAGAGGGUCUGUUAAAAAAGCCCAAGAAAGAAAGGAAGGAAAAAGCUAGAGAGAAUGGCAAAGAUGAAGUUUCAAGAAAGAUCUCCAAGAAGCGUAAACUUGCUGAUGGCUCUCGCAAACUGGUGCAGCCCAUCCCUCUGGACUCAUCUGGACGUCCAGUGUUUCCGAUUGUCCUGGGAGGUUUAACGAUUUACAGUUUGGGAGAGAUCAUCACUGACAGGAUGCUGUUUCACGAUGAGUGUGCCAUCUACCCUGUGGGUUUCUGCAGCACUCGAGUGUUUGCCAGCAUGAAAAGCCCUGAGCAGCAGUGUCUGUACACGUGCCAAAUCAAGGAUGGUGGAGCAGGACCACAGUUUGAAAUUGUCCCUGAAGAAGAUCCACAGAAUGCUAUUGUGGCUUCUUCCGCCAUAACAUGCCAUGCCAAUCUGCUCAAGGCUAUCGCAGCGGCCAGCUUAAAACCAGUGGUCCCUGUAAUACCGUCCGGUGCAGAUUUCUUUGGCUUCUCUCAUCCUACAAUACAAAAUCUCAUACAGAGCUGUCCUGGAGCCCGUAAAUGUACCAACUAUCGAUGGAUACGUUUUGAUGUGUGCAGGCCUGGUGAUGGGCAGAUCGCUCACAGUCUAUCGGAGGAUGACGCUUCUAUUAACUUCGACGCCUUCCAGAGACAUCAGAGUAGUAAAGACACCUUAAAGGCGGAGAAUGUCAUAGUGCAACCCCCCCAGUCGCCCAGCUCUUCUCAUCAGCACCAUAUGCCUUCUCCAAAUCUUAAGCCCUCUACCUCCUACUACAGCUCCUGA